AUGCCAUCAAAACUUUCCAAAUGGUUAUCUGCCUACAAACCAUCCUCACGUGAAUCCAUGGAUGAGCUAAUUGAAUGGAUGUAUUCAAGUGCUAAAUUAGUCGAUGAUAUAGAAGAAACUUUUGAAAAACUCGUCUCCACCAGUGUUAUCUCUGAUGUAUGCCAACGAUUGUUUGCAUUCUAUAAAUCAGGUUUACCACCUUUACAAAACUUUGUCAUCCUAUUGCUCCCGUCAUUGUUACACACCUACUUGUGUCAUUCCUAUGAAGAUAAUACUUCAGUGUUCCAGGUGAAAAAAAGUGUUUCCAGUCAAACAGAAUCAUCCCAGUCUUCUCUGCUAACGAGUUUGAGUUUAUUGGAAUCUUGCCUGUUAAGUAUCUGCAAUUGUUAUCUUGCAAAAAGUGGUCCUAUUAAGGGGGAAUUCGAGUGUUUCGGUAGUGAUAUCAACAACUUUCGUUUACCAUCAUUAACUACACCAUCCGUUUUUCAUAAUCCUGUGUCGAUUAGAGAAACAAUUGAAAGGACUGAUGCAAAUGUGAAGUGUGAGAAUGAUAAUCAAAGUCAGCCAUUUCGUCUGUCAGCAAUUAUAUGCCUCAUUCAAAAUUAUCUUGAAAUGUUGUCCACUCUUGACUUACAAAAUUCUGUUGUCUCUGUUCUAGCCUUUCACUCGUUGUCAAGAUUUUCAAAACUUUCUAGUCGGCUAGCCAGUCUGUCGAAACGUCCGCGUAUACCGACUUCAUCAAGUCUACUAAUGAUAUUAUUAAAUUGCUGCGAUCUUAUCUUAUUCAAACUUGACAAUCUGGAUAAGUGUUCGCCUAACAGUAGUAGUGGUAAUCGUCCGAUUGAAUUCAUUCGAUCGUCUGUGCUAGACAGUAUUCUAGAAAUAAAUAAUCGUGCAGCACAUCAUUGUUUUCCUUCAUGUCUCCUAGUAUGCCAAUCAUUGCUACACUAUCGUGGCAUUUAUUAUGGCUAUCGUGAUCGUAAACCUAAGCUAACAGAUGCAUUGACCCGUGACAUUGA